AUGGAGAUGACAAAAGGAAAUCCGAUUAUGGCGGACGAGAAUCGCUGCAGCGGCAACACUGUCGCGAUCUGCGUCCGUACACUUACCGGAGAAUCAACGACGAUUAAAGUUUCCUUGGACGGAACAAUUCAUGACCUCAAGAUUGCGCUAAAAUCCUCUUUCCCUCCUGCUUUUUCGUCUCCCAGUUUCCAAUUGUUCUUCAAGGGUACGAAAUUGAGUUUGAACAGUAGAGUAGCUACUAUUACUAUUAGUGCUGGUGAUUUCUUAGUUUUGGUUCCGUUUGCUAAGAAGGAACGUCCUCAGACUCCAAAACCAGAUUUACCAGAGCCUUCCUUGAGUUCAAGAUUCUCAAAUUCCAUAGCCGAAAACACUAAAAGAGCUGAGAACCAUUCUGUUGGGGUGAAACGGAAACGGGAACAAGAAACGUGUCCAGUUGAAUUCUUAAAAGGCGUUUUGGAGUCUGAUUGUAAAGAUGAAUUUAAGGGUCAGAAGAACACAGAGAAGCUUGCUGAGGUUUUGGGGUCUAGGAAUUGCUUGACAUCUCCAGGUUUUGCAAAGUGCGUGAUGUCAAGGGAAACAAGCAACUAUUCAUGUUCUUGUCCAGAUUGGUUGAAACUGUCAAUGGAGACGUUCACCUUUUUGAAUCUCUUUUCAUCUCUUGUUGAAUCACAUGGAGAAAAACUAUACUUUACCCGCUUGGAGGAAUCGCUUGCCCGGUUAGCAGUGUCUGGAGUUCGUGUCGGUAUAGAGGACGUAAAGAAUCUCUCAAUUAUAUGCCCCAAGGUAGUAAAGGUUAUCACUGAUGAGUAUGAGGCUGUGAACUACGAGAAUGCUAUAGUUAUAGCUGAUUUUCUUGAGGCAGAUGGAUGUGAUGAAAAAGAAAAACCAGGUCGGCCAAAAACUCCACUUGCAAAGGUCUUUAGUUCUAUGAAAAAGCGGGAGAGUUCCUUCAAGGCUGAAUUGUGGAACUCCAUCAAAUCCUUACUGUUAAAAGAUCGAAGUAAGAAGGGAGUAACUGUUUCCUUGGAGGACAUGCUUAUAUUCGCCAUGGAUGGUAAAAAGGUUGGUGAAAACGAAGCUACCGUAGCUGGAAAAGGCAGUUGUCCUCGCUCUGGUUCUCAUUCGUCCCGGCCUUUGUGUAAAGACACAAAGUCAUUGCUACCAGUGGAGAUGGUUGAACACCUCAGGAAGGGCUUUGGAUCUAAAGGACAGAUAGUUCACGUUGAAGAUAUCAAAGCUAGGAAAGCUGCCUUCGUAGAAAUACCAGAUGGGCUCUCAGAAAUCACGAAGUCUGCCUUGAAACGAAUCGGAAUCAAUACACUAUACAGCCAUCAGGCUGAUUCGAUUUCAGCAGCCUUGUCUGGGAAGAAUGUUGCGAUUGCAAGUAUGACUUCCAGUGGAAAAUCUCUUUGCUAUAACAUUCCAGUCUUUGAGGAACUGACCAAAGAUACAGAUGCUUGUGCCUUGUACUUAUUUCCGACCAAGGCCUUAGCUCAGGAUCAAUUUAGAGCGUUGUCUGAUUUGAUAAAAGGAUACGAAGCUAGCAUACAUAUGGGGGUGUAUGAUGGUGAUACUCCUUAUAAGGAUAGAACAAGGCUGAGGAAUCACGGUAGACUGCUGAUCACAAAUCCAGAUAUGUUACAUAUGUCAAUCUUGCCUCUUCAUGGACAAUUCAGCCGGAUUUUGUCAAACAUUAGGUACAUUGUAAUCGAUGAAGCUCAUACUUACAAGGGAGCAUUUGGCUGCCACACAGCCCUGAUACUGAGAAGAUUUCGCCGCCUCUGCUCUCAUGUGUAUGGGACGAAUCCCUCAUUCAUAUUUUGCACUGCAACUUCUGCUAACCCUCGAGAACAUUGCAUGGAGCUUGCAAACCUAUCUGAGCUCGAGCUGAUAGAAAAAGAUGGAAGUCCUUCCUCUGAUAAGCUUUUUGUCCUGUGGAAUACCUCAAUCUUGCCCAAAAAUAAACCUGAAGAAACUGCGAAAGCCAUGAGUAGUAAUGGAGAUGCUGCAGAUCAAUCGUCAAGCCCGCUUUCUGAAGUUGCACACUUUUUCGCGGAGAUGGUUCAGCAUGGCCUACGUUGCAUUGCUUUCUGUCGAUCUCGAAAAAAUUGUGAACUCGUUCUCUGUUUUACGCGUGAAAUUCUCUCUAAGACUGCUCCUCACCUGGUUGACGCCAUAUCUUCAUAUCGUGGAGGUUACAUUGCUGAGGAUCGGAGGAAAAUAGAGAGUGACUUAUUUGGUGGAAAGCUUUGUGGUAUUGCUGCAACAAAUGCACUUGAGUUGGGGAUUGAUGUUGGUCACAUAGACGUAACUCUGCAUUUAGGUUUUCCCGGCAGUAUUGCUAGUCUUUGGCAGCAAGCAGGUCGGUCUGGAAGACGAGAAAGGCCUUCUCUUGCCGUAUAUGUUGCCUUUGACGGUCCGCUUGACCAAUACUUCAUGAAGUUCCCGAACAAACUCUUCCGUAGCCCAAUUGAGUGUUGCCAUACCGAUUCACAGAAUCAACAGGUCGUUGAGCAGCAUUUGGCUUGUGCUGCUCUUGAACACCCAUUGAGUUUGCAGUACGAUGGAAAACACUUUGGUUCUGGCCUGAGCAACGCUGUUGAAUCGCUCAAGAACAGAGGAAUCCUGAGCUCUGAUCCGUCUCGUGAUUCUGCUGCUAGGAUAUGGACCUAUAUUGGUCGAGAGAAAAAGCCUACACAGAGAGUCUCAAUCCGGGCCAUAGAGACGGAAAGAUACAGAGUCAUUGAAAAGAGUAGUAACGUUGUCCUGGAAGAAAUCGAGGAAAGCAAAGCCUUUUUCCAGGUCUUUGAAGGAGCUAUUUACAUGAAUCAAGGAAGGACAUAUCUGGUGGAGACUUUGGAUACAAAAGAAAAGAUAGCUUUGUGCAAAAUAGUAAACGUGGAUUACUACACUCGGCCUCGGGAUUACACUAAUAUCCAUGUAACUGGUGGUGAAACUGCUUACGCAUUUAAAGUUCCAAAGAAUCAACUUGAGAAGACAACAGCACAAGCUCAGGCCUGUAGCGUGACAACAAAGUGGUUUGGAUUUUACCGUAUCCGGAAAGCCAAAGUAAUUGAUGAAGUUGACCUCUCACUCCCAAGUUACUCUUACCAAUCACAGGCUGUUUGGAUUCAAGUCCCCCAGUCAGUAAAAUCAGCAGUGACGAAGGAAAAAUUACGUUCUGGCUUACACGCCGCUUGCCACGCUCUUCUCCAUGUUGUUCCACUAUUUGUGCGUUGCAACUAUUCAGACUUGGCUCCGGAGUGUGCAAAUCCGAGUGAACAAGGCUAUUUUCCAGAGAGGAUCUUACUAUAUGAUCGUCAUCCUGGAGGAACAGGCAUAUCCGCACAGAUCCGUCCUUUCUUCAAUGAGCUUCUAAAAGCUUCUCUUGAUCUCUUAACUUCUUGCUGCUGCUCAGCUGAAACUGGUUGCCCCAGUUGCGUUCAGAAUUAUGCUUGCCACAAUGAGGUGAUACAUAAGAAUACAGCCAUAAUGAUCAUUAAGGGCGUUUUGGAAGCGGACCAAUUGUAUUUUCAAUCAUGA